AUAAGACGUGUGUUUUCUCUCAGCUCCAAACAUAAUCAUAGUCAUUUUACUACAUUCAUAUCAUAUUGGGUAGCCCUAUAGCACGGGAAAUUACCUAGUAUUACACAUGUUUUGCUUUCUUUUGGCGUAACAAACAACGCAGUUAUGUCGGCCUGUAGAGAGUUAAGACAACAUUCAAGACAAUCCCUCACCUUGAAAAGAACAGAAAGAUCAAGUCAAAGAGAAUCGAUCGAAUCCAGUCUUAUAAAAUUCGACUAUCGAAUAGACCGCCUCUUACAAAUUAAAAAAAAUGGAUCCAUACAUAGUGGAGACUAUCGUGAAAAUUUAUUUGAUCGUACAAAUUGUUGCUGAAUUUUUUUUUAUUCUGAAGUAACGGUCCAAAAAGGCCGUAUUGUGUUUGCUGAAUAUUUAAUCGUGUUAAAUUAUCUUUUCAUGUCGUUGGAAAUUUCAAUAAACGCUUUUUAUCAAACUGAUCGAGCUUGAUGAUUCGUAAUAACUAUAUAGUGAGUUUUGAGUUUACAUUUUUAAAAGUUGCCAUUGUCACAUACGAAGUAAAAAAUAAAUACUGUCUUACUUAGUAUUGGACAGAGGCUUGAUUCGAAGUUUUAAAAAGGUAAACUAAAUAUUCACUACACAGUUAUUACGUGUGAUCAACCUCGAUCGUAAAGCAAAUCGUCCGACAUUGCACCGUGUCGCACUGUUCGACCUUCGCAGUAAGUUAAUUUGCAAAAAUUCUCAUGACUUCGCGACGUAUGGUAACAAUGUUGACUACUGACCGGUGGGUUAGAUAUUACUUCCAUAGCCAAGAACCAUUUCCCAGUUGAGCUUCAGUGAGGAAAUUGCAGUGUCGUUGAAAUCGGUGCUACGGUACUACGGUCCAAUGGAUACUAGCAGCCCAGAUGAUAUUGAAGACUGUAGUACAAAGCUCACCGUGGACGUGUGGUUAAAGCGCGUUGAACGUCGUAGACAGCUCGCGUACGCAUCCGAAUACGAUUUCUGCAGCGAUCAACCGAUGAAUGAUGAGGCGCUCGCAAAACGUGGCUCCUGGACAGGGCGGUACGAUUUCCUCCUGUCCCUACUGGGCUACUCAGUCGGUUUGGGAAAUGUAUGGCGAUUUCCAUACCUUUGCUACAGCAAUGGAGGAGGGGCCUUUCUGAUACCGUUCACCGUGAUGCUAGUGAUUGCUGGGCUGCCGCUUAUGUUCAUGGAGUUAUCGCUAGCACAGUACGUGGGUUUGGGUCCGGCCAUACUUUUCAAGCGACUCGCCCCUAUUUCGGAAGGCAUUGGGUAUGGCAUGAUACUGGUAUCGGGAAUGGUGAUGCUGUACUACAAUGUAAUUAUCGCCUGGACCGUUUUCUACAUGGUGGUGUCGUUCGAAGAUCCACUACCGUGGCGAGGAUGCCAGCACGAGUGGGCCACGGUGAAUUGCUUCUCGUACGAGGAGGAGGACAACUGCUUAGCUACGAAUCGAUCGUACUAUAUGGCCAACUGUAUGUCGAGAGAACAGUAUCGGUUGCUUAAUGUAACGCUUCGGACGCCACGCAAACCUCCGGCGGAAGAAUUUUUCAAGAAUUACUUUCUUCAAAUAUCUGCCGGCAUCGAGGAGACUGGGAAGAUCAACCAACGGUUAGCCAUCUGCCUGCUAGUAGCCUGGGCCAUAGUGUUCCUUUGCUUAUCGCGAGGUGUCAAAAGUUCCGGAAAGGUAGUAUAUUUCACGGCCCUCUUCCCGUACGUCGUGCUGGCGGCACUUUUCAUUCGCGGCCUUACCCUGCCCGGUGCGUACGAUGGCAUCCUGUAUUACGUUCGCCCGGACUGGGACAAGCUACGCACCGCCCAGAUCUGGGGAGACGCUGCGGUGCAGAUUUUCUUCGCCCUCAGCCCAGCCUGGGGCGGACUGCUGACGUUGGCGUCGUACAACCGCUUCGACAACAAUUGCUAUCGGGACGCGAUCGUAGUAGCCAUUUCCAACAUACUCACCUCAUUCUUUGCCGGCUUUGUCAUAUUCGCCAUAAUAGGCUUCCUAGCGCACGAGCUGGACACUAGCGUGGACAGUGUCAUCGAUCAGGGUGCCGGUUUGGCGUUUGUUGUGUUUCCGGAGCUCGUCGGAAAGCUGCAGAUGCCUAGACUGUGGUCCGUGUUAUUCUUUUUCAUGCUGCUAACGCUAGGACUUGACUCACAGUUCACGCUGAUGGAAACGGUGGUGACGGCCGUGUUGGACACCUUUCCUGCCCUGCGCCGAAGAAAAAUAGCCGUAGUGGCCGGAGUCAGCAUCGUUGGGUAUCUUGGAGGAUUAAUAUUUGUGACAAAUAGUGGAAUGUACUGGUUCCAGCUGUUCGACAAGUACGCGGCAAACUGGUCCGUGUUGCUAAUAGCCAUCGCUGAAUGCAUUUUGGUCGGAUGGGUUUACGGCUGUGAACGGUUCAUCUCCAACAUCGAAGAAAUGCUGGGGAAACGAUCAAAAUGGUUCCACCGGUUUUGGGUGACGGUUUGGAAGUACAUCACACCAGCAAUGUUGCUGUUCAUUCUUUGCUUUAACUGGCUACAAUACAAACCCGUAGCGUACGGCCGGUACAUCUACCCGAACUGGGCUGACGUGUUUGGAUGGAUCAUUGCACUGGCUCCUUUUGGAAUUGCAGUUAUUGUAGCUGUUAAAAAUAUGUCCACCAGUUCGUCACCGUUUGCAUGGCAGACUAUUCGAAAGCUGCUACAACCCUCUUCCGAAUGGAAACCUUCACAGCCCCGGUUAGCCUCGGAAAUGGCGUAUGAAAAUAGUAAUGGAAUAGAGUUGUAAAAACGUAACUGUUUCAAACAACACAUUGCAGUUGAUUUUUUAUAGUGUUUGUGGUCACAUCAUCAUGUUCGUAGAUGUACACGACAGAAGAAUUUCAAAAAUUUAAAUCUUUAUUCAGGUCUUUCAAAUUAAUAUAUGGUACACGCUACAUA